AUGGCUACCAAAGUAAUGAUUUGUGCCGACCGCGGCGGACUCGCAUGGUCGACGGAUGAGUGCGCGGAGAUAUUUAAGGGCAUCGCGAACGUAGUCGUGAUGGAUGCUCCCGACCGCGCGACAUUCUUGAAGGAUCUUCAGCCAGGCGGCAAGUACGCGGGAACGAAGGCAGUAUACAGACACAACCUUUCCGCUGACCGCAUCGGCGUGUUUGACCCCGAAAUCAUCGCUGCUCUUGCGGAUGCCGGUGUCAAGUGGAUUGCCCACAACGGAGCUGGAUACGACCAGAUCGAUGUAGCGGCCGCAGGAUCGAAGGGUAUAGUUGUGAGCAAUACGCCUGGGGCAGUCGACGAUGCGACCGCUACGAACGGUCUCUACCUCAUGAUCUCUGCUCUGCGUUCCUUUUCCCUCGGCGAACGGACCCUGCGUGCCGGCAAGUGGAAGGCUGGGGUACAGGCUGCCAAGUCUCGCGAUGUGACUGGCCGUACUCUCGCGAUCUUGGGUCUGGGCGGUAUAGGCCUGCGUCUUGCGGAGCUUGCUCGUGCUUUCCCUAUGCGCAUCAUCUACCACUCGCGUUCUCCCCGAGAGGACGCCCCGGAAUGGGCGGAAUACUACGGCAAGGAUAGGUUGAAGGAGUUCCUCGCGGAAGCGGACGUUCUGAGUGUACACGUCCCUUUACGGCCCGACACCGUGGGCUUCGUGGGCGAGGAGAUGAUCAGGGGGCUGAAGAAGGGCGCUGUGAUUGUCAAUACCGCGCGGGGUAAAGUCAUUGACGAAGCGGCCAUGAUUCGCGCGCUUGAGGAUGGACAUCUCGGUGCCGUCGGGCUGGACGUAUUCCCCGAUGAACCGCAGGUCAACCCUCGGUUGCUGGACUUCCCGAAUGCGACGCUGCUUCCGCAUUUGGGCACGGAGACACGCGACACGCAGAAGAAGAUGGAACUGCGUGCGUUGGGCAACGUACGCGAUUUCCUCGUGGAGGGCAAGGGAAAGGACAUCGUUCCUGAGCACAAAGAGCUCGUGACGAAGCUCUAA